CUUGAAUUUACGUGGUUUUAUUGUUUAUCACAGGCCAGUUGGUGUUUAUCUUUGGUAUUUCACUUCACUGAUUAACUAUCAAACUGCGUGCAGAGCUCUCAGAUUCACGUUGUUUUAGAGCAGACGGGAGGGGCUUGUGAGGGAAAGAUAGAGCUCAGCCUCCCGAUCUCUUUCUGAAUAAACAGGACCUGCACACUGACAUCACAUCCACACCUCCUCAGACCGCGCAAAGGCGAGCUGGAGGAGAAUGCAGCAAAAUAAAAGUGUGAUCCAGUGAAAACACCGGCUGAUAUUGAAAUGAACUCUGACAUCAAGUCUGGACAAUCUGUUGCUAAUGAGAAAGGUACCUUUUGAUAUGGAUACGAACGGAGACAUGGAAAUGAAGUCAGAAGACGGGAUCAACAGGAAGAAACAAUAUCAAACACUGCUUAGCAGACUUCGCCUUGAAGAAAAAAUGGUUAAUUCCCUGAAAUUAGGUAUAAAACAGGAUGUUGAUGUAUCUGAGAAAGAUGUGGCUUAUACUUUUCUCCAGAGGUUGAUGAUGUUAGACUACAGAGCCAGAUAUAUUCCUACAAAAAAAGAAAAUACAGAGUUAAGCCAUUCCGACCCUUUGGAAAAUAUAUUCACUGAUGAUACUGAGGAUGAUGACUUGGAUGACUGUUUCAGCACCAAUGAUGACUUUGAUCAAUCUAAUCUCCAGACUCACGUGCAUCCAAUGGAUGUUCAGAUGGCAGUGUUUCACUGCUCAGACAGCUUUUUUAAGCAGAACAUGAUAACAAAGCUCUCCCAGUGUCAGUAUGCCUUACCUUUGCUUGUUCCUGACCCAGUAACAAUGGAUAUUGAAUGUCCUCUGUGGACAUUCAGACAAAUAAGAAAGACAUGGAAGAUAUCAGAGAUGAAAGAUGACUCAAACGUGGUCACCAUGAAGAGUAUGCCCAUCUGCAAAGCUGAGACACCCAUGGUCUCAUUCCUCCGCUUGGGUUCACCAUCUCUGUCUAAAUCUCAGCUGAUGAACACUUUGAUCAACGAUCGUCACAACACCUUCUUCCACAGAAACUGCCCAGGUAGCACCGAGUCUCGCCACCUGAUGGAUGGUGUUGCAGAGAUUGCCUGGUACUGCCCCGCUGGGAAACCCAACGAUGCCUUCACUGACUGCAUCGCCUUCUGUAAUCUUCAUGGUGACGCUCUGUCGUUUGAAAAACAGCGUGAAAUACUGACUGACAAAUCUUCAGUCAAUGUGGUACUUGUACCAACUCUGGAAAAAAAUGAUAAAAGCAGUGCAGUGAUCUCGGCCCUUUACAAGUGUGAAAAACCUCUCAUUUGUCUCAUUGCUGAUAGCGAUGGUGUUGGUGUUGAAAGGAAAAAGGGAAAAUACAAAAUGGGUUUGAACAAAAGAAGCCAGUCAGAAAUUUCUGAAGAACUGAGAGAAAUCAUUAAGAAGAUUAUGUCUCGAUCUCAUUCACUCUUCCAGCUUGAGUCCAUGAAUAAAGUUUGUGGAAUCAAAGUGGAUGAAGACGACACAGUCUGCCAAAAAGGGAAAUCUGCAGCAAUGAAAAUUGUGCAAUUGCUUCAGGGGAUCGACGUUUCAAAUAUCAAAGAUAGAUAUCUUCCUUGUCAAGGUCAACUGUGGAAGGAAUGGAGCAAAAUCCACAAAGAAUUGUAUCGCCUCAAAGAAAACAUUGAGGAUGACAAAGUUCAAAAGGAACAGAAACUGAUUGAAAAACGACAAGAACAGGUCAAUGUUUCCUCCAGUGAACCAAUGAAAAUGUUCAUUGAAAGCCUCUCAACUUUGUUAGGAAAUGAAAAGGAUUAUUUCUUGAAAUGGACUCAGAUCUUAAUAGAUGCCCUCUCCACAGACAACCUCUCUUCAAUCCUCCAAACCUAUGAUACAAAGUGGGCUGAGGUCUUGGCCUUGAAGAAGAGGCAUGACAAGACUGAACUUCUGAAAACAAAGCAAACUGAGCUUGAUAAAAUAUCAACAAAACUACAGUCAGCAACGUUUGGCUUGGAGCACAUCUUCAGAGAAAUGGGACAGAUCUAUGAAGCCCAUGAAUCUCUGCAGAAACCCACAAAGAGUGGACCGACUGACUGGUCUAAAUACCCUGAGCUGGCUGCAGAGCUGAUGAUAUCAGGACACCCAAUGGAGCUGAUGGAUGGUGAUGCAGGUCAUGUACCUCUAACAUGGAUCUCUGGUCUUUUAGAGGAAGUCAUCAAGAAACUGGGCGACAAGAGAGUCUUUGUUCUGUCAGUGUUAGGCAUACAAAGCAGUGGAAAAUCAACAAUGCUGAAUGCCAUGUUUGGGUUACAGUUUGCAGUGAGUGCUGGCAGAUGCACCAAGGGUGCCUUCAUGCAGCUGGUCGAAGUGUCCGAGGAGACGAAGAAAGAUUUUAAGUUUGACUACGUACUAGUGGUGGACACUGAAGGACUGCGUGCUCUUGAGUUGGAAGGUAAUGCCACUCUUCAUCACGACAAUGAACUGGCAACAUUUGUUGUUGGUCUGGGUAACAUGACACUGAUCAACAUCUUUGGAGAGAAUCCAGCUGAGAUGCAAGAUGUUCUGCAGAUUGUUGUUCAGGUUUUCAUGAGGAUGAAGAAGAUUAAACUUUCUCCAAGUUGUUUGUUUGUUCAUCAGAAUGUUACAGAUAUUGCUGCUGCAGAAAAAAACAUGGAUGGAAAGAGACGGCUGCAAGAAAAACUGGACAAUAUGGCCAAACUAGCAGCUAAAGAAGAGGGCUGUGAUGCAGAGUUCUUCAGUGACGUCAUUGCAUUUGAUGUGCAGAAAGAUGUGAAAUACUUUGCCCAGCUUUGGGAGGGAAGUCCACCUAUGGCUCCUCCGAAUCCAGGUUAUAGUGAAAGUGUCCAAGAGCUGAAGACCAUCAUCCUCUCCAAAGCUAAAGAGUGUGCUGGGAUCACUCUCUCACAGUUCAGAAGCAAAAUUCAGGACCUGUGGAAAGCCCUGAUGAAUGAACAGUUUGUUUUCAGCUUCAAAAACACACUUGAAAUAGCAGUGUACAGAAAGCUUGAGGUUGAGUAUGGAAACUGGACCUGGAAACUGAGGAGCAACAUGCUAGACAUUGAGAACGAGCUUCAUACCGAAAUUCAAAAUAGAAAACGUGAAACGGUUGAACUCACUUACCUUCAGCAAAAAGUGAACACAACCUAUGAAGAAAUCAAAAAAGAAAUGAGAAAAUACUUUGAUGAUGACAGGGACAAAGACAUGUUGGUUCAGUGGCGAGGUCGAUUUGAAGACAAAAUCAAAGAGUUUCGUGAUGAACUAGUGAAAGGAGUGAAAAGAAAACUGGAUGAAGUCAUCCAGCAGAAAAAGGCUGUAAAAAGCUUGAGUGACUUAGUUACACAACUAACUGCAGAUACAAAACCUAUUGAGGACAUCAACUAUGAUGAAGAUCAGUUUACUGUCCUUCAGAACCUGGGUUUUGAAUGGUCUCUUUUUAAUGAAUGCAAAAUGAGUGGCAAGUACAAAACAAUGUCACUUGCUGGUGAUUUAAGUCAUUAUGUCUCCUUCACUACAAAAAUAAAAACUUUCUUCAUGGGGCCUUUUCAGCCACUGAUCAAAACCCUGAUUGAUGAUGUUGAAGAACAGACCAUAAACAAAAUCAAGCAAAGACCCGUUGCUUCAACAGGCUACAGUUUAACUUACCUGCAAGAAGCUGCCAACACUGUCAAACAAAAAGUGACUGACUUUGAAUCAAAGAAGAAAUAUGCUCUAAAGAAGGAGUUUACAGUUGAUCUCUCGCUGUAUGUAUUUCACAGAGCACGGACAUGGAUUUCAGAAUCGCACAAGGAAUUCAAAAUGAACAAUGAUGCACAUUCUUAUGUAGACAGUAAGAAAAUGCAAUAUUACGAUGUUUUCCGCAACUUCUGCAAAGGAAGCUCAUCUGCUGUUGUGCUUGGAGAACUGAUCUGUGACAAGCUGAAGAGUGCCGUUGUCGAGGCCGUCUCCAACAAGGUUGCCAAAGAUCUAACUGAUACCAUGAAGAGCAGUUACCCAGCAUUCAAUGGGAACAGGUCAGACUUGGAGAAACACAUGUUGAAGUCACUUGCAAAGAAAGGGGACUUCAAUAGUUUUAUUACUUACAUCCAACAACCAAGGAACCACACAGAGACGUAUAUAAGAGAAGAAGUACAGAAAUACAUCUCCACAAAAGAGGGAAAAGAGACGGGCAUGAAAAUACUCAGGAAACAUUUGGACGACAUCAAAAAUCUUGUGAGUCUAGAUUUAUAUAAUGCAACAGAGAAAGUCAAAACCAGCAGAGGUGACACAGACAUGUGGAUGGAGGAAUUUUCCAGUUUGCUUCAAGCUAAGCUAACAUUCAACACCAUCUGCUGUAAAAACUUCAGUGACUUGAAAAGUUUUGACUUUCUCAAAGAAGAGAUAGACAAUGGUCUUGAAUCCAUCGUAAAGGAGCUGAGAAGCCUCUCACUGGAUGAAAUGCAGGAAUCCAGGAUGAAGCCUGAUCAAAUCCUCAUUGAUCAGCUUUGUAACUGCUGCUGGGUAAAGUGUCCAUUCUGUGCAGCUGUUUGUACCAACACACUCAAAGAUCACAGUCCUGACAAACAUAAAGUCACUUUCCAUCGCCCCUCUGGGAUUACAGGAUUUCACCGUAGAGGCACAAAGGACCUGGUCAUUAAUUUCUGCACUACAUCUGUUGCUAGUGAUAACAGUUUCUUUCCCAGUUCUGAUUCAGAAGUCAGCUUUCCUUAUAAAGAGUAUCACAAGGGUGGGAAGAAAUUCGCUUCAUGGGAAAUUACUCCUGAUGAGUCAAAACUGGCAUACUGGAAAUGGUUUGUCUGCAAAUUUCAAGAGGAACUGGAGGCCCACUACAACAAGAAGUUCCAGGGCAGAGGAAAAAUUCCCAUUGAGUGGAACAAGCACACAGAACAAGAAGCUGUUGACAGUUUGGAUAGAUUGUAAAACUUCUUAGU